GCCUCGAGAAGAGGAAUGAACUUGAGUAAGCAGAACAGGCUUCAUAAUUACUUAAGUUAGUGAUAUAGUAAAUUUGACAUUUAGUCAUAGAGGCAUAUAUAUAGUGAGUUGUUUGUUUAAUCGUUUAAUUAGUCAGUCGUUUAAGUUAGUCAGCCAGUCGUUUUAGUCAUUAAAUUACAAGUUAAGUUAGACAUGACAUUCGGAAGUUUUGACGAGAUAUGUUUAAAGACAUCCUUACCAUUAUGUUCAGUUCUUGGGUCAGUAAAUACUACUUCUACUUUCCAAGUAGGUAUUUUACCUGAAUGUUAUGCUAGAUCAGUUGAAUUAGCUAAUACUAUGAUCUUUCAAAUUGGUAAUGCAUUUGUUCAUUUUGGAGGUCUUGGAACUUUUCUUAUUAUUAUUUAUAAUAUUAGAGCAAAAUAUACUGCCAUUGGUAGAACAGAAAUGUUAUAUUUUUUAUAUUUAUUAAUAUGUCUAACUAUUUCAUCAUUAAUUGUUGAUUGUGGAGUUAGUCCUCCAAGUUCUUCAUCAUAUGCAUAUUUUGUAAGUUUACAAUUAGGAUUUACAUCAGCCGUUUGUGCAUGUCUAUUAUUUAAUGGACUUUUAUGUUUCCAAUUCUGGGAAGAUGGAACUAGAAAAUCUAUGUGGACUUUAAGAAUCGUUACAUUUCUUUGGUUUGCUAUUAAUUUCAUUGUCUCAAUCAUUACAUUUAAGAGUUGGGGUACUUCAUUAGAUAAUAGAGAUACUACUGCAUUAUUUAUUGUAUCAUAUAUUAUUAAUGCUAUUAUUUUAUUCUUUUAUGUGGUAUCUCAAAUAAUAUUGGUAAUAUUCGCUCUUGAUAAUUAUUGGCCAUUAGGUUCAAUCUUUCUCGGAGUAUUUUUCUUUGUAGCCGGUCAAAUUAUUACUUAUAUUUUUACUAUAGAUAUUUGUCGAGGUUUAUCUCAUUAUGUGGAUGGAUUAUUCUUUGGAUCAUUAUGUAAUAUCUUUAGUGUUAUGAUGAUUUAUAAAUUUUGGGAUUCCAUUACUACUGAUGAUUUGGAAUUCUCAGUGGCUAAUGUGGAACAAGGUGUUCAUGCUUUUGGAGGUGGUGAUGAUGAAAAGAGACAUAGUGGAUUCUUCUAGUAUUUAAUUAGAUGUCUAUAGUUGAUUAUAUAAUAUAUAAUAUAUCAUGGUUAUGGUUAUAGCUUUAUGUGUAGUGUAGUGUAGUGUAGUGUAGCACAUCACAUGGGUUGGG